CUCGUUUGUCUCUCACUGUGAGGUUCACAGUCAGUUGCUUGCCGGCGCUCGAAUAGAAAGGAGGUUGCCUUUCAAUUUUUGCUGUUACCGUGUGGCCUCAGCGUGAUUUGUUUCUCUUCUUGUGCCCCACAGAUCUCACAGUUAUAGUACCAAUUUAUUUGCAAAACACUGUGGAAAUUUUGUUAACCAAAUAGCCCCAACAGUGUUUGAAGCUGUGUGCAGAGCAGCCCAAUGGAUAAAUACAUUUCUUGCACACUGUUUGUCCCUCCACAUGGCGCUGGAGUGAAAAGUUUCUAAGUCCCAUACUAAUCAUACACAUAUCUUUAUGGAUUUCUUCCGACACCAACAUAACACACCAUUCAUGACAAUUUUAUCUCAGAUGGAUCAAUUGAUCUGAGUGUAAGUCCAAGAGUUGGAGCAUCAUCGUGAUCUGCCGAUGGUCUAAAGUGAAACUUUUGCGUUCAAUGAAUACCACUGAAAUGUGUUGGUAGAAAUCAGUGUAUCCAUAUCAUAAAUAUUAACAUUUUGUGUUUGGCUCUUGUGACUUGUUUCGAAUUUCUUUCACAAAACAACCCAAGCUCGUGUAAGCCUACCCCCGUUUCCCCGAUAUACCCAGUGCGAUAAGAUCAAGAGCCAGAAAUUGUGAAAAUCGAUCAUGAACUGAUUGUAAAUAGUGCAAAGUUAUUUUUUUGGUGAAAAAUAGAGAUCAAUAAUAUAUAGUGAAGUCACUCUACAAAUAACGUAGAGAGAGGAUAUUUGUGAUCGGCAGCAUUGGAGGCUAAUAAAUAGCACCAUAAACUUUCUUGAGAUCAUACCAUAAAUUGAAACUCGUGGCUGUUAUGAAACAGUAAAGGAAGCAUUGGUCGGACUUGGAUGAAAAUUUCAGCAAACAUCAUAUUUAAUGAACACUUGACAGAGAUACCGCGACGACACAUGUUUGAGAAAGAUGUAUAAAAUUUGGAGUUCUCGUAUGAUCAUCAAGUUUCUCUUUGCGCUUGGUGUAUGGUCUUUCUUACUGCUAGGCCUCCUGAAGUUGCAUAGUAAUCGUGUGAUUCUUGAGGAGAACAUCCAAUCAGGAAUUAAUGGACGACUGCUGUUGCAGAAGGAUGGACGAUACCAAGAAGCUACAUCUACAACCACCGAAAAGUUCCUCCCACUUGAUGUUUUGAUUGACAAUCGAACGAAAUUGGAUGACGAUCAACUCGUACGCGAUGUGGAAUCUCGACUGCCAUCCCUACCGAUAGCCUAUUGGAGCAAGUACAAGAAUUUCUCUCAACAGAAAUCUUCCACUUGUGCAAAAUACCCAUCAAUAUUUGAUUUGGAAUUCAACAACAUAUAUUGGCAAACUCUACGGACCAGCAAUGGCACAUUCCAACUCUAUGGGGCGUACUAUGAUAUCCGGAAAAAGUCGCGAUUAGGCCCAGCAGUUCGGAUACUAGGCAUGAUAGAUCGGAUUGAGCCGAAAGUGAAAACUUACUGCCAGUUCUGGUUCGAUGGUCAGAAAGAGCCCUUCAUUGUCAAAACGUUCGAGUAUAAGUACGUUUGGUACAAUAAAUGGGGCAAUUACAAGCAAGGCAUUUACCAGCCCUACCUCAUCGCUUGCCAAAUACCUAAGGCCUUCCAUGGAAUUAAACCUGCUUCGGUUUCUGUUGUAGAGAAUGAAUGUGACACUGCCACAAAUAAUUUAAGGGUCCUUUACAAUCAUCCCUCAGACGGAAAGAAGAAAAACUUUGCCGUGUGCGUCAAGGGUCUAGAUUUCCUCUAUGACGAUCUAUCAGUCCGCCUUGUGGAGUGGAUAGAACUGCUGAACAUCCUGGGAGCAGAUAAGAUCUACUUCUACAAUCUUCAAGUUCAUCCCAAUAUCACUAAAGUCCUGGACUAUUACGAGGCUGAGGGAAAGGUUCAAGUCACUCCGCUCACUUUGCCUGGUGGGCAACCCAAUGUUCCUGGUUUCCAGCACCUCUACCUCACCAAGAAGACCAACCAUAAGCGUCAGAAUGAGCUGAUACCCUACAAUGAUUGCCUGUAUAAGAAUAUGUACAUGUACAAGUACAUUACACUUUUGGACAUUGAUGAGGUGAUCAUGCCCAAGGGUGAUCUCAACAGCUGGACCGAAUUAAUGGACGUGGUGCUGCCCAAGUCACUGAAGCAGCGAAAAGAAGGCUACCAUAGCUUCAACUUAAGAAAUGUCUACUUCCUUGAUGGCUACCAACACAACCAUGGAUGGAAUAAGGAUAUUCCCAAGUUCAUGCACAUGCUACAGCAUGUCUAUCGGGCUCAGAACUACACAAAACCCAAUCAAUAUGUAAAAUGCUUCCAUGAUCCCGAGUCUGUGCUCAGUCUGCACAAUCACUUUCCACUUUCCUGCCUGGGUGGAGCUUGCAAGUCUUUCCCUGUAGAUACGGAAGACGGACACUUACAGCACUACAGGGCGGAUUGUGUGAAAAGUCUCAAGAAAAGCUGUGAUGAGUACAAGGAACAUCAGGUGCGCGACACAACAAUCUGGAAAUUCAAAGAAGAACUUGUCCAGCGCUCUAUGCGAACUCUCGAGAAGCUAGGCUUCUUCCGGAAUCCACCAACAGGUCGGGGUUCACGUGACCUGGAACGGUGAUCGUGAUCUCAGACCCGUCACUAUAAAUCAAUUUUGAAAACCGCACAAAAUCACUUAAAAAUAAAGUAUAGCGAAAUAAUUGUGAUAUAAACAGAAAGAGAAAACCCUGUAUACUUAAAAGAUAAGAAAAAAAAACAAUUCUUACAAUAAUCAAUUGUGAAAAGAGAAAAAAAGGAAAUAUCAAACCAUGUAUUGUGACUUCUUCAUUGUUAAAUUCGAUUAUUUGUCAUGUAUUGUUGAGACAGUGAAAAGAAAGUCAAAUAGGUUUUUACAUUAUGAUUUGAAGAAAAAAAAAAAGAGAGAAUGACUUAAAAAGUGUGUUGUGUGCCUUCAUAAAACAUAAUCAUUCACAGAAGCUGAAAAGCUUAGAGUUUGUUGAAAAGUGUGACACCGUGUUUGAAUCUUUUGGAUAGACACUUUUUGAAAAUAUCACAACUAAAAAGAUUAUUUGAAAUAAAAAAGAAUUAUACAAAAAAAGUAACCGUGAUUUAAAAUAUUAGGUAAUUAGUAGGUAGUUGUUGUAUGUUUAUAUGGAAAGACUGAACUGUUGUUUAGAAGAAGAAAAAAAAUUAAAUGAGUGAAAGAAGGGAAUAAGAAGUAGUAAAUUGAUCAAUUAUUUAUUAUUCAAUUGCAAAAUACUGUAAAAAAAAGUACACAAAACUACUGUAUGAAAUAAUUUUCCUUCCUAUUACAUCGUAAGUGUGUGUACAUAAUGCUAUAUGAAGGUAUAAAAGAAAGAACGUAACAUAAUACUAUAGAAUACAACAAAUUGAAAACAGAGUCAAAUAAAAACUGAAUCAAUUUAAUGUUAAGUUAAUUUAUCCAAUCUUCUGUCAAUAGUCAUUUAAAUCUAAUCCUAUAUUAUAUUUGAUAUUUAAAUUCUGCAAA